CUCAAAGAAGCAAGAAGGAGCACACUUGAGGGGAUCAAUCGUCAUUGCUUCUUCACUUUCUUUCUCCCUCCAAAUUUUCCCAAAAAAAAAAAAAAUAUAUAUAUAUAUUUCAUUGUGAAUAUACACAAAUUGAAUCUUGGGAACACAAAGAGAUAUAUAUACAUAAUUUGGAGAAAUAUAGGGAGGGGAAAGAAGAAAUGGAUGAGAUGAGGGAUUCAGCAGUGACAUUGAUCCAAAACUCAGUCCCCAUCAACAUAUCAUCUACUACUACCACCACAAUUGUCUCUAAUUAUGCUUCUAAUUCUUCCUUUUUAACAAAUUAUCCCUUGGUCUCUGCUCUUCUUGCUUUUGCUCUUGCACAAUCCGCCAAGCUCUUCACUUCUUGGUACAAGGAGAGACAUUGGGAUCUGAAGCAACUCGUUGGAUCUGGUGGGAUGCCAUCAUCUCAUACAUCAACCGUGACUGCUUUAGCCACGGCUGUUGGUUUGCAAGAGGGCUUUGGAGGAUCGAUCUUCGCUACUGCAUUAGUUUUAGCUUGUGUGGUGAUGUAUGAUGCCACAGGUGUAAGAUUGCAGGCUGGACGUCAAGCGGAGGUUCUGAACCAAAUUAUGUGUGAACUUCCUGCUGGACAUCCUCUUGCAGAUAGCAUACCGCUACGUGAACUCCUUGGUCACACUCCUCCUCAGGUUGUUGCCGGUGGAUUCUUGGGGUUGGCCAUAGCAACGAUCGUUUGGUUGAUCAUGGGCUCUGGAUAUCGAGCAUGACAUUAGAGAAGCUGUUGCAGCAACUGAAAUAGAUGACAGUUAUGUGAUCAAAAUCUCGCAGAUAGUUUUAUUCUACCUCUGAAAUGUCCUACAUGAUGUUUUUUUGCAGUGGAAUGUAUUUUCAGAUACAUCAUUGUCCUAGGAUUUUGCAACACAUUGUAAAUACUGAUUUUUGGAAUUAUGGCUUCAAGAAACAGCAGCAAUAUGUUACUUGAA